CACGUGAUUGUAUAGCAGUUAUUACAACCGAGUUUCUAUUUCCUUUCUACUUUGUUUUUGGUCCGCUCUUACCGACAAAAACUAAACUUUGUGGGGGUGAACUUCUCAUUAUUCAGUCACGGAUUUAUGUGACAGCAUUUGGUGGUAAAUACACCAUAAACAGCGCUGUAACGGAAGUAAAGCUCAGCUGCUGAUCAGCGGACUUAGACCCUGAACAUGUCAAUGAGUAAAAGAGACAUUAGCUGUCUGUGUUGAAAUGCUGUGUUGAACUUCCUCUGUGGACAAAUGGAUUUCCAAAAUCUCUGCACUUUUGAAACCUUUAAGGAGUACUGGAGUCACUACGGUUAUGGAGAAAACUUACAAGACGUGAUUGAGCAGGAGUUCACACGCACUAAAGGCAUAACAUAUCUGGAUCAUGCAGCAACUACGCUCUACCCGGAGUCUCUGGUCCGGGACUACUGCCUGGAUAUUUCAAGGAAUGUGUACGGAAACCCUCACAGCCACAACCCCAGCAGUAGAUUGACACAUGACACUGUGGAGAGGGUCAGAUAUAGGGUAUUGCAGCAUUUUAACGCCACCCCUGAGGAGUACUCCGUGAUUUUCACUUCUGGUUGUACAGCCGCUCUCAAAUUAGUGGCUGAGAGCUUUCCCUGGAUGCCAAAGUCUGACAGCGAGGCAGGGAGUCAUUUCUGCUACCUCACUGACAGUCAUACCUCUGUAGUUGGCAUAAGAGCACUGACUACUGGCCUGGGGGUAGCUGCCCUGCCUGUCUCCCCGCAGGAAGUGGAAAACAGGGCAAAGGACGAGGAUCAAGGUGAAGAUGUUAUUUGCCAGACGCCGCACCUCUUCUGCUUCCCAGCGCAGAGCAACUUCUCUGGGAGGAAGUAUCCCCUUAGCUAUGUGAAAGGCAUCCAGGCGAGACGCCUUUACCCAGCAUGUGACCACCAAGGCCGCUGGUUUGUGUUGCUCGAUGCAGCCUCUCAUGUCAGCUGCGCCCCUCUAAACCUACAGGACUGCCCCGCUGAUUUCAUUCCCAUAUCCUUCUACAAGAUGUUUGGCUUCCCUACAGGUCUGGGGGCCCUUCUUGUCCAUAACAACACUGCAGGCAUACUAAAAAAGACUUAUUUUGGAGGAGGCACAGCAGCAGCUUACCUUUCUGGAGAAGAUUAUUAUGUGCAGGCGGCAAACAUUUCUGACAGAUUUGAAGAUGGCACUGUCUCUUUCUUGGAUAUCAUCGCGCUGAAUCACAGUUUUGACACUCUUUACAAAAUCACAGGGGGCAUGCACAAUAUCCAGCAGCACACGUUUGGCUUGGCACGCUACACUUACAUGCUGCUGUCAAGUCUUUGCCAUGGCAACGGGCGACCGGUGGCUCAGAUAUACACUGAAGGCCAAUUUGAGAGUCCAAGCACACAGGGUGCAAUCCUAAACUUCAAUCUCAUGGAUUCUCAUGGACAGAUAGUUGGGUAUUCUCAGGUGGACAGAAUGGCAAGUCUCUACAAUAUUCACGUGCGCACAGGUUGCUUCUGCAACACUGGAGCCUGUCAGUACUUCCUCGGGAUCACCAAUCACCAGAUGAAGAGAAACCUGCAGGCCGGCCAUGUAUGUGGAGACAGCAUCGACCUGGUGGACGGCCAGCCGACUGGAUCCGUUCGAGUGUCAUUUGGCUACAUGUCUACAUUUGAAGACUGUCAAAAGUUCCUGAAGUUUGUUGCUGAGUGCUUCGUAGAGAAACCAGUGACCGUGGACCAAAUUAGACUAAAGAGGCUGAAAACAGCCGCAGCACCCCAGGGUUCAAAUCAAGAUCCUCCAAUCAAAAUCACUAAUGGAGAAACAUAUGAAGUAGAAGAGAUGGAGAAACCCACAAAAGCAUCACUGAAGGGAUUUGGAAACAUAGACUCAAAAAACAGCCACGGGGAGGCCUAUACUCUGACCAACAUCUACAUAUAUCCAAUCAAAUCAUGUAGUGCAUAUGAGGUCCACGACUGGCCGAUGGGACCUCUGGGUUUACUGUAUGACAGAGGCUGGAUGGUGGUGAAUGGAAACGGCGUGUGCCUGAGUCAGAAGAGAGAGCCGCGUUUAUGCCUCGUUCGCCCACAAGUCCACCUGCCCUCAAACAAAUUGCUCCUGCAGGCGUCAGGGAUGGAUACCAUUUCUGUUCCGCUUGAAAACAACACCCAAAUGCACACAACCUACAGGGUGUGUCAGAGUAAAGUUUGUGGUGACAGGGUGGAGACUGUCGACUGUGGGGAUGAAGCUGCAUCAUGGUUUUCAGAGUUCCUUGGACAGCCAUGCCGCCUGAUAAGACAAAGUCCUGAUUUCACCCGAGACAUGAAGAAAAGACCCAGCGGAGCUGCCACCUCCACGUCCCUCUCCCUGGUGAAUGAAGCUCAGUAUCUCAUGAUCAACCGUGCCAGCGUGGAGCUCAUUCAGAAACUAAUCAGCAGCAGGCAGGACUAUUCUGAGGGCGAGCAGCUCCUUGACACACAGAAUGUCAUCAGCCGCUUCCGAGCCAAUUUAGUCAUUGCUGGAGUUGAACCAUUCGAGGAGGAUAAUUGGUCACACUUGAUUAUUGGCAGCACUCGAUUCAUGGUCGCAGGCCAGUGUCGACGGUGCCAUAUGGUUGGAAUAGAUCAGGACACUGGGACCAAAACAAAGGAGCCGCUAAUGUCCCUGUCUGCCUACCGCACUGGGAAGGUGACUUUUGGUGUGUACCUGACCCAUCAGUUACCAGAGGACUCCACCACAGCCAGUUUCCUCUCCCCUGGUUCCUUCGUACUGCCAGAGCCACACGGCUCUUGAAGUGGUCAUCUGUAACAUCCUGUUUUAUUUAUUUUAGUGACAUCUUUGGUCCCAAGCAGUCAUUUCUACACUGCACGUCCUGAAGAUCACAAACACUGUGAAGAGUUUCUAUAGAUGUUGCUCUUUUCUUUGUCUGUUAAGCCUUGGUAGUGUUUGUCCUCUCAGUUGUCCUUUUCAUGUCUGGGCUUUCAGAUUUUAUUCUAUCAAAGUUUUGAUGGGGAAAUUAAUGAGAUUUUUGUAUUUUUCCCCAGUGGUUAUGUUCUUAAAAUAUGUGCAAUAAAGCAAAUGUGAAGUACUAA